AUGGGGAGGUGGAGAGUAGCCACGGUUUAUGGUGGCAAAGAGGCAGUUCACAGAAGGCUACUUUGGGAGAAGUUGGAUGAAUUUGGUUCUAACAGUCAUCCUUUAGUAGUUGGGGGUGAUUUCAAUUGUAUUUUUGCUAAGGAAGACAAGAGAGGGGGAAGACCUUUUCGAUUUUCUCAAGGAGCAAGAGAGAUGAGUUCAUUCGUGGAAAGGAGUAAUCUUCAUGAAGUGAGUGUAAGUGGACCAAGAUUCACUUGGUGCAAUAACAAAGAUGGUAAUGUUAAAAUAUUGGAGAGGUUGGAUAGAUGCUAUGUUAACCCGUUGGCAUUGAAGAACAAUCGGUUGGUGUUAAGGCAUUUAUCAAGGGUUGCAUCAGAUCAUUGCCCAAUCUUAUUGAACUUCUUGGAAGGAAACGUUUUCUCUGAUAAGAUCAUAAGGAAAGGUUCUCUUAAUGGGUGGCCUUUUUCUAACAAUUCUAUUGAUGAGAAGGAUAGGGAAUGGUUAACCAAAGUGCUGUCUUUGGAGGACUUGGAGAUGGUAAUGUUGCAAACAACUGAUAGCAUAGCUCCUAGAAAUGAUGGGGUUUCAUACUCUUUCAUGAAAUCAUAUUGGAACAUUAUUAAGAAAUAUUGUUGGUAUGCUGCAAACCAAUUCUUUAGGUUGGGAAAGAUGAAUGUUGAAUGGAAAGAGACCAUUCUAGUUCUCAUUCCAAAGGUUUUAGAGCCGGCAAUACCUAACCAUUAUAGACCUAUUAGAUUGUGCAGGUCUAUUUACAAGGUGAUGGCAAGAAUUCUAUUGAACAUAAUGAAAUUGAUGAUUCAUAAAUUGGUUUUUAUGGAGCAAGCUGCAUUUAUCAAUGGGAGAUCUUUGGGUGAUCAUAUUCUAGUGGCACAGGAGGCUUUUUCAAAAGUUCAGGAGUUCUAG